AUGUCUCCUCCGCCCAUGUCUCCAGCUUCGCCCAAAUUUGGAUUCUUCACUCAAGAAUCGCCGCAGGUUCUCCCGCCAACAUCGCCACUGAAGGGAAGAGGAAAGCCGAAGGACGAUCGCAACUAUGAGACUCCUCAAAAAGAGAACAUCGAACCUCAAAAAAAGACUUCAAAAAGGCCUCCACUUACCCCCGCAGGUGCCCCCGCUCCAAAGUUGUCUCAUGUGCAAGUUCCCUCAAUCGAGAAGCAGAUCAACCAGCAACUCGCCGAUAGCAUGCGCCAGGAGGAUGCGAGCGGUAGAUAUUCAGGUGGGCACAUGAACUACGGUGAGUCUCCAUUCAUGUUUAUGUUGGCAGACGUAUUCAUAACCAGCCGAACGAAAACUCACCGGCUUGCAUGGUGCGACCGUGGGGGGAAAUCAGGAUCGCCGGAUUCUCAAGCAACCCAACCAUUCCCUUCGGAGGAUGAAGAAGAAGAAGUAGUAGACGAAGGGACGCUGAAGCAGUGGUUGAUCGAAGAAUCAGAAAGCAACGCCAGGAUUCUCAAAAAACUGGGAACUCCCACUCCCAAAAAGAAGAAGCAACCAGAGAAUGGAGGAGGGAAGAAGUUGAAACUUCCCAAAGGCGGGAAAGCCAAAGUUGACAACAUAGUGAAGAAAAUCCGAGAGGCAGUGACCACACAGUUCGCCACAAACCCAAGGCUGAUGGAAAUGUCUGCAGACGAAAUCGCUAACAGAUUGGCGGCCGUUGCGAUGGAGGUAUCUACGGAGGCAGCGGCUAGGCCAUCAGCGGUCAACCAUGCCAGGAGCAUCGCCAAGAAGAAGAAUCCACAAGAUAUUUAG